CACAUUUUCAAAACAGAUUAAAUUUGUCUGAUUUAUUUCAGAACUAUAUAUUAUACAGUAUUAAAAGGCAAGUGAGAAUUCAAAUGCGUAGAGCAGAGCCAGAGACCUUUUCACAGAGGCUCUUCAGGAGAGAUAGAAGAAUAUUUGCUGGCAAGUUCUAGGAGGAUUCUAUCAUUUUCUUCUUUACCAUGAAGAGACUUGGAAGUUAAUGGGUAACAUUUUGCAUGAAAAUUUCUGAACUUUUUUUUUCUUAUCUCUGAGGCCUUCUGUGGAGAAUUAAUAGAAGGUUGAAUGUGUGCAUGGAUAAAAUGGAUCAUCUUAAAGGAUUGAAGUUCCAAAAAUAUAUCAGCAGGACUGGACAGGUUUGACAUAAUGAGAUUUCUAUUUUAGCUUGACUUCUAGAACUCUGGGAUAAACUAUAAACUGAGCUAGCUACACAAGGUUCUACGAAGGAAGUUUCUCUUCUAACAUAUUCUAGUUGCAUCUUCUUCAGAUCCUUUGAAAAAGUAUAGUCAUCAAUUUCCUGAAGAAUAAGACUAUUAGACACUUACCAGCUUUUAAUACAUGAGGUGGGAUUGAAAGGAAUAAUCCAUAUCAUACUGUUAAACAAAUUUAAUUAAAGAAAUAGACACCAGGAAGUAAGAGGAGAGAUCUCUACAUAAGCAUUGAUUGAGAUGGCAGAAGCUUCUGUGGAUGCCUCAACUGUGCCAGUAACGGAUGCCUCAACUGUGCCGGUAACGGAUGCCUCAACCGUGCCAGUAACGGAUGCCUCAACUCUGCCAGUAACAGUGAAAAAAAAGAAAAGCCUAUCCAUUGAGGAAAAGAUCGACAUUAUAAAUGCAGUGGAAAGUGGCAAGAAAAAAGCAGAGAUUGCAGCUGAAUAUGGAAUAAAGAAGAAUUCAUUGUCUUCUAUUAUGAAGAAUAAAGACAAAGUUCUAGAAGCUUUUGAAUCUCUAAGAUUUGAUCCAAAGAGAAAAAGACUGAGAACUGCUUUUUACACAGAUCUGGAAGAGGCACUAAUGAGGUGGUAUCGAAUUGCUCAGUGUCUAAAUGUACCGGUUAAUGGUCCAAUGUUGCGUCUAAAAGCUAAUGAUUUUGCCCAGAAACUGGGUCAUAAUGAUUUUAAGUGCAGUAAUGGUUGGCUGGAUCGUUUUAAAUCCAGGUAUGGUUUAGUAUUCAGAUCUCAACCUGUAGAAGCUACAGGUUUAUCAGUAGACCCUUCAACUGUCUGGUGCCAAAAUGUACUUCCUUAUUAUUUAAAUGAUUAUCAUCCUAAAAAUGUUUUUAAUAUAAAAGAGACUGGGCUGCUUUAUCGAAUGUUACCUACAAAUACAUUUGCAUUUAAAGGUGAAACAUGCUCAGUUGGAAAGUUAUGCAAAGACAGAGUAACUUUGGUGGUUGGCACAAACAUGGAUGGCUCAGAGAAACUUCCUUUGCUUAUCAUUGGAAAAAACAGAAAUCCACAUUGUUUCAAAGGUAUAAAAUCAUUGCCUGUGUAUUAUGAAGCUAAUAAAAUGGCAUGGAUGACCUCAAAUAUAUUUGAACAAUGGAUGCAGAAGCUUGAUGAGAAAUUUCAAGCCCAGCAACGAAGAGUGGUGAUUUUUGUUGAAUCUUUUCCCGCACAUCCAGAGGUAAAGAACCUAAAGUCCAUUGAGUUAGCAUUCUUUCCAUCAUGUUUAUCUUCUAAAUUUAUAGCUAUGAAACAAGGUGUUAUUAAAAACCUUAAAAUCAGAUAUCGACAUUGUCUCAUUAAGAAAUUUUUAAGCUCUGUUGAAGGCAGCAAAGAAUUUACAUUUUCACUACUAGAUGCAGUUGAUACAUUACAUCUAUGUUGGAGGGCUGUAACCCCAGAGAUUAUUGUUAAAAGCUAUGAAGAGGCAGGGUUCAAGUUGCAAAAGGAAGAAAGUGACACAACAAAAGCAGAGAAGGAUACUAGUAUUGAUUUGGUUGCUGAUGCUCUGGGGGCAGGGGUGGAAUUUCCUGAAGGUUUAUCUAUAGAAGAGUAUGCUGCACUGGAUGAUGAUUUGGAGACAUGUGAAGCAACACCAAGUGACGAUACAGUCUUGACCAAAGAAAGUAAAUCAGAUGAAACUGGAUUUUAUACUUCUGAUGAAGAGGAUGAUGGUGGAUCUCUAGAAACUGAACUCCUAUUACCAUCAAAAAAUGAUGCAAUAACUGCUUUAGAUACUCUUAAAAAAUUUCUUAGAAGUCAAGAUAUGAAUGAUGGACUUCAUGAUUCUUUAGCAGACCUUGAAAAUUUUAUUAACUCUUUAUCACCUAAGUAAUUAUUUAUUGUACAACAUCUGAAGAUUAAUAGCUUUUCCUGAUGUGUUUUACUAUAAUAAGGUAUGUGAAGGAGAAAUACCUCUUAAACAUAAAAAAUGAAAAACUAGUAAUCUUUGGUUUAAUUGCAAAAGUCUUUGGUCUGAAUAGCAAAUCUCCUUACAAAUAAUGAUUAAAUAAAAAUGACAAAUUUCUAUUUAAUAAGG